AUUUAGCUCUUCGUUGUUAUAAAAUACACUAUACCGUUUAAAUAGUAGUUUACGUUUAUUUCAUGUCGAUAGAUCCUAUUUUCACCUCAUUCAUUAUGCUGAUGUCUUCAGAUCCGUAAAUUUCCACAUUAAGCUCAUUUUAUUGAUGUCAACAGAACCAAACGACACGAUCAGCUAUUGUGACAUCUACAAGAUAUAGAUCUGCUCCAGUGAAGCUCCUCCCACUGCAAUUCAAUAAAUGCUGGAAUAUUCCCAUCAGUUUACAAAUGAAGACGAGCAUCAAACCAUCAGGAAGAGCUGAAAUCUGCAAAGACAGAGUUUAUUGAAGGACAGUGAGAAGAUGAGAGAUCCAGAACACUGCAGAAUGAAACACACUGAAGAACAAAGAGACCUACUGGAGGAGAAUGAGGAGAGUGAAGAGGAGGAGGAACAUCAUGUCAAAACUGGAGAAAAAAUUCGCUCAGAGACUGAAAGUAUGAAGGAAAAAAGGAACAAGAAAUGUGUCACCUGCCAUCGGUGUGGAAAGAGUUUCACACGCAAAUAUAGUCUCAAGAUACACAUGAGAAUCCACACUGGAGAGAAACCGUUCACAUGUGAUCAGUGUGGGAAGAGUUUCCCACAUCAAGGAACCCUUAAGGAACACAUGAACGUCCACACUGGAGAGAAACCGCAUGAAUGUGAUCAGUGUGGCAAAACAUUUUUGAGGGCUUCAGACCUGAAGAGCCACCUGAAAGUUCAUUCACAGGAGAAACCACAUUCAUGUUCUUUGUGUGGAAAGAGUUUUUCACAUCGGCAAAGUUUAAAAGUACAUCAGAAAAUACAUACUGGUGUAAGAGAUCAUAUGUGCUUUGAGUGUGGGAAGACUUUUAUCACAACUGACCAAUUAAAACAGCACCAGAUAACUCACACUGCAGAGAAACCUUACAUGUGUUCACACUGCGACAAGACAUUCAAAUGGGCAGUUUCCCUGAAAACACAUGAGAGGAUUCACACUGGAGAGAAACCUUACAAGUGUUCACACUGCGGCAAGAGAUUCAAUCAGCCAGGAAACCUGAAUGAACAUGAGAAGAUCCACACUGGAGAGAAACCAUACAUGUGUUUACACUGCAACAAGAGAUUUAAUCGGUCAGAUCAUCUGAAAACACACAAGAUGAUCCACACUGGAGAGAAACCUUACAAGUGUUCACACUGCGACAAGAGUUUUAGACGGUCAGGACAUCUGCGAAUGCAUGAGAAGAUUCACACUGGAGAAAAACCUUAG